AUGUCUCCUUUAAUGCUCCACGAUGUCGGAAGGAUCACUGCGGCACUUGGCCUGGACUUGGGAGCAGUCAGACCAGGGAAAGCGUCCUACAUCCCACCGAGCGUCCUACUGUACAUCCCACCGAGCGUCCUACAUCCCACCGAGCGUCCUACUGUACAUCCCACCGAGCGUCCUACAUCCCACCGAGCGUCCUACAUCCCACCGAGCGUCCACAUCCCACCGAGCGUCCACAUCCCACCGAGCGUCCUACUGUACAUCCCACCGAGCGUCCUACUGUACAUCCCACCGAGCGUCCUUCAUCCCACCGAGCGUCCUACUGUACAUCCCACCGAGCGUUCUACAUCCCACCGAGCGUCCUACUGUACAUCCCACCGAGCGUCCUACAUCCCACUGAGCGUCCACAUCCCACCGAGAGUCCACAUCCCACUGAGCGUCCUACAUCCCACCGAGCGUCCUACUGUACAUCCCACUGAGUGUCCUACAUCCCACCGAGCGUCCACAUCCCACCGAGCGUCCUACAUCCCACCGAGCGUCCUACUUUGGCUGCUGAUUACAGAGCACAUUAGCGCUGUCUGCCCGCGCCUCUCCGUUCCCUCGCCUCUCCAUUCCCGCGCCUCUCCGUUCCCGCGCCUCUCCGUUCCCGCGCCUCUCCGUUCCCGCGCCUCUCCGUUCCCGCGCCUCUCCGUUCCUGCGCCUCUCCGUUCCUGCGCCUCUCCGUUCCCGCGCCUCUCCGUUCCUGCGCCUCUCCGUUCCUGCGCCUCUCCAUUCCCUGGCCGUCUGCCCGCGCCUCUCCGUUUGCGCACCUCUCCGUUCUCUUGCCUCUCCGUUCCCACGCCUCUCCGUUCCCACGCCUCUCCGUUCGCGCACCUCUCCGUUCUCUCGCCUCUCCGUUCCCACGCCUCUCCGUUCUCUCACCUCUCCAUUCCCGCGCCUCUCCGUUCUCUCACCUCUCCAUUCCCUCGCCUCUCCAUUCUCUCGCCUCUCCGUUCUCUCGCCUCUCCGUUCUCUCGCCUCUCCGUUCGCGCACCUCUCCGUUCGCGCACCUCUCCGUUCUCUUGCCUCUCCGUUCCCACGCCUCUCCGUUCCCACGCCUCUCCGUUCUCUCACCUCUCCGUUCUCUCACCUCUCCGUUCCCUCGCCUCUCCAUUCCCUCGCCUCUCCAUUCUCUCGCCUCUCCGUUCCCACGCCUCUCCGUUCUCUCACCUCUCCAUUCCCGCGCCUCUCCGUUCUCUCACCUCUCCGUUCUCUCACCUCUCCAUUCCCUCGCCUCUCCAUUCCCUCGCCUCUCCAUUCUCUCGCCUCUCCGUUCCCACGCCUCUCCGUUCUCUCACCUCUCCAUUCCCGCGCCUCUCCAUUCCCUCACCUCUCCAUUCUCUCGCCUCUCCGUUCCCUCGCCUCUCCGUUCCUGCGCCUCUCCAUUCCCUCGCCGUCUGCCCGCGCCUCUCCGUUCGCGCACUUUUCCGUUCUCUCACCUCUCCGUUCUCUCGCCUCUCCAUUCCCACGCCUCUCCGUUCUCUCACCUCUCCAUUCCCGCGCCUCUCCGUUCGCGCACCUUUCCGUUCUCUCACCUCUCCGUUCUCUCACCUCUCCGUUCUCUCGCCUCUCCAUUCUCUCACCUCUCCGUUCUCUCGCCUCUCCAUUCUCUCACCUCUCCAUUCUCUCGCCUCUCCAUUCCCUCGCCUCUCCAUUCUCUCGCCUCUCCGUUCCCGCGCCUCUCCAUUCUCUCGCCUCUCCGUUCCCGCGCCUCCCCGUUCCCGCGGCUCUCCGUUCCUGCACUCCGUUCAACACCAGGCGGAGAGUUCCUCCUUCACCGUGACCUCGGUGCAGUCGCCGUCGACGCUGUCAGCUCCACUCUCUGAACUCAUCGCUCUGUGCGCCUCGUCUCGGACCAGAACCGCACCGAGAACACCCUCAUCUGGGAACGUCCUUCUCUGA